AUGGUAAAAUAUCCAUUGCAGUUUCAUCCAGCUUUCAUUUUCCUACUUCGCGUAGUCAAUGUAUUGCUAAUGUUGGCACAUGCUUACAUGGCGUUAAUUCUGCUCGCAAUGGCACAAGACGAAGAUCUAAUGAGAAUUUCAUUUGCUCUAAUAGGAGCGAUCUUCCUACCAAGCCUUCUUUACCAGGUUUCCUCAGGACUCAGAACAAACUAUCUAUUCAAUCUUUUUGCUCACGGACUAAGCUCUCUGAUAAUUUUUAUCGCAAUAAUCCUUGCUGUAAUCCUCAACGGAUUCUCUGAUACAGAACUUGGCAAUUUUGCAGGGAUCUUCCUGAUAAUAGCCUUUGGGCCAGGGGCUCUCAUAUCUAUCACCUUGCUACUUCUCCUCAACCUCGACCAACCAAAGCCAAGAAACUUCUAUUUCAACAGCCAAGAUGGGCAAAUGUAUCAAACAAUGAUGCCUGUCUAAGUUCUAUCAAUAAAAGCUAGAAAGUAUCAAGGUCAAUUUACGAAUGAAUUACCCAUCGAUAUUCUAUUCAAAUCCUUAUUCAUCAA